CUUAUCUCAUCGUCCUGGCGUGGCCCCCGCGUCGACUGCCAGACGGCAACUUUCCCGACUUGCCUAUCUCUCCUCGAGGUGCCAUUACCACUUCAGCCACACGUACCAACCCGGCGUGCAGGAUCUUCCCCUUCUCUCCCCUCCAUCUCGACACCGUCACACACGGAUUUCAACACCAUCUCGCGUCACUCGCCUGGGGAAAUCCGCGCAACGUCUCUCGACCCUGCCUGGCCCAGCCAUUCCGCGCCUAGUUGGCACGCCCUGAUACCUCGCCAUUGUGCUCUCUGAACCCUAGGUCGUUCCCCUUGCCACGGUCUCACCGCUGGCACUGGCGACCUCGCCCCUUGACCGCAUCUGCCUAGACGGCACCGACUUUGGGCGACGCGUGCGUUUCCGACGCCCGCCCUUUGCUCAGCCUCUCUUCACCUUCUUCCUCGGCCGCAACGGCCCCUAUCGCCCCAUCUCCGACGUUGCAUUCGCUGGCGCCCCGUGCCUGCACAUCAACUUCUCUCAGGCUUGAAGUCAUAGCGGCCCCGUCUCGACGCUGCCAACCAUCGCCGCACCAAAAUCAAAGACUCCGAAGCCACUUCCCGCUGUAUGGCGAUGAGCCACGUAUCGCAGGCUUCGGCGGCGCCGUCGCACGCGCGUGAGCCCGGCUCCAUGCGAACCGCACUCCCUUCCCGACCCAUGUCAUCCAAGAACCGCGACAACUGCACACCCAGCUCGCCGGGGGACGGCCGGCUCUCUGUCGAUAGAAACGGCCAUGGCCCGCGGCACAGCGAUGGCAGCACGUCGCCCGACUCCAAAGCCAGCCCUAUGAACGACGGUGCCGGUUCUUCCAGAGGCCCGAGCCCUGCCUCGACUGCCGCUGAAGGUGGAGUGAAGCCUGGAGCCGGUCAGGGAGGACAAGUAUGCAGCAACUGCGGCACCACUCGCACCCCCCUCUGGAGGCGAUCGCCUCAAGGUGCGACGAUAUGCAAUGCAUGUGGGCUCUACUUGAAAGCGAGAAAUACGUCUCGGCCGACGAGUCUCAAGAAGCCACCCAAUGUCGUUUCUACCGGCACGUCGCGGCCAGUCCUAAGCAAAACGACUUCCGGUUCUUCUGCCAAAGCCUCCUCAAACGUUAGCGGUGCUACCUACGUCUCGGCCGAGCAAACUCCGACGGGUACUUGCCCUGGUGGUGGACGAUGUAAUGGUACUGGUGGUGCCGAGGGUUGCAACGGCUGCCCUGCGUACAACAAUCGCGUGUCUAAGAGCGCCCAGCUUGGUGCCAUGCAGAGACAAAAAGGCUGCGGCGGCGGUCGAGUGGAGCCUGACCGAAGCGACCCGACUCCCAUCGAUGUCAACGCCCUUCAACAGGAAGCCCAGAGUCCCGACACCACUGUCGUGAUUGCGUGUCAAAAUUGCGGCACAACAAUCACCCCUCUGUGGCGACGAGAUGAGAGUGGGCAUACCAUCUGCAACGCUUGCGGUCUAUAUCACAAGCUGCAUGGGGUCCAUAGACCCGUCACGAUGAAGAAGGCCACGAUUAAACGACGCAAGAGAGUCAUUCCUGCUUCUCAAGAGGAUGAACACGACGACUUUGCCGACGACACUCGCAGCUCGGAAAGGACCCCAGAGAGGGGAACCGAAAAUGAGGAUGGCUCCAUUAACCUGGGCUUUCGUCGCCGCCCGGAACACCCCCCCACGAUCGAGCCCGAGCCUGUAACGCGAUCGAAUGGUCAGAAUACACCGUUGCCGUUGCCCUCGGCACUCGACCUGGCCGCAUAUCACCAGUCGCGCGGUUUCUCGCGAAAUUUGGCAAGCCCUCUCAACGACGAUAAUCGCCUCCCGCCCAUGUCAUCCAUGACAGCUGCCAUGUCGGACAGGCAAUCCUCAAUGUCACCUGCUUCGUUCCUAUCUCCGAGGCGGAAGCGGUCUUUCUCGGCCACCGAGACCGAAACUGGGAGCGUGACUGAUGGAGGCCAUGAAGGUGCGAAGAGGUUAUCAUCCAUCAAGUCCAUCCUUAAUCCUCAAUCUGGUCACGAUGAGCGGCCGGUUUCCCGGCCGGGCAGCGUCGAUCAGGGAGAAUACACUUUACCCCCCCUUCGGUCCACUGGGCCAGGGUUGAGGCCCGCUGGUAGCCCUGGCGCGUCAGCGACUAUGGAGCCCAGUUUGCACAUCGGAAAGGGGAACGACGCGACGGGCUCGCGAGACUUAAGUGAUGCGGAGCGGCUCAGGAUGGAACGAAGAUUGGCUGUCCAGAAAGAAGCGGACCGAAUUCGCGAGAUGCUCGCCGCCAAGGAGCGAGAGCUGAUGGAACUGGGAACCGAUUAAUGUCCAUGACGGAGUAUUGCGGACGACUUAUGACAAAUUUCUGCGGGAGCGUGGAGUCUGAGUUGCUUUAAAGACGUACGGCGGUCAAGCUCGGAUGGUUGGGCGCGGUAAAGUGUUGUCUUUGUGUGUUUUGAGUUUACCAUUUCAUUGCUUCGGUAUUUUGGUACUUCGGGAGUGUUCUCUGGGGUGAGAAAUGGGCGCUCCCUAUAGGCAGAAAAAUCGGCGGUUACAGCAGCCAAGCACAGACAGAAGGCGAAUUGCGCAAGCAUCGCGACAGAUAGCUGUCCCAGAUUGUUCAAUGUUAGACUUCGAUAGUCUCCA